AUGAACGGGGUUGCUGGCACUAAACCGUACCAUCUCCCGGCGGUCGGAGGAAUUCCACACUCGGAUCAUGGCUACCUCUGCCCAGGCUCGACAGUCAACUUGGUCGACAACAUGGACAAGUUUGAGAUUGACACCCAUUCAGCUUUGACCUGGGCAUUCUCAAAACAGGACAAUUCCAAUGUGCCUCAAUGGAGAGAAACUGAGACCUUACUUUGCUUUUCAGGGCUGGAUGUCAAAGGGAAAGUGAAAUUCAUUCUGAACUCGAUGAUGAAGAUGCUGCUACUAUUUAGCUUUCUCUAUAUGUUUGUGUGCUCCCUUGAUGUCCUCAGUGCAGCCUUUCAGCUUGCUGGAGGCAAAGUGGCUGGUGACAUUUUUAAAGACAACGCAAUCCUGUCUAAUCCUGUGGCUGGACUUGUGGUUGGAAUCUUGGUCACUGUCUUAGUCCAAAGCUCGAGUACGUCAACAUCCAUCAUUGUCAGCAUGGUGUCAUCAGGAUUACUGGGAGUGCGUUCUGCGAUUCCCAUUAUCAUGGGAUCCAAUAUUGGAACCUCAGUAACAAACACUAUUGUAGCCCUAAUGCAAGCUGGAGACAGAAAUGAAUUCAAACGGGCUUUCGCAGGUGCCACGGUACAUGAUUGCUUCAAUUGGCUCUCUGUGUUGGUGCUGCUGCCAAUUGAGGUAGCCAGCGGCUUCUUAUAUCGACUCACUAAGGUUGUAGUGGGGAGCUUUAAAAUCCAGACAGGAAAGGAUGCACCAAACCUCCUUGGUAUCAUUACAGAUCCAUUCACUGACCACAUUAUACAGCUUGAUAAAUCUGUAAUCACUGCAAUAGCGAUCGGGGAUGAAAGUUUCCGGAAUAAGAGUCUCGUGAAGAUUUGGUGCAUCAAAAGGAUUGUACAACUACAGGACAACAUCAUCGUGGACAGUAUGGAGAAGUGCACAUCACCUGAAUCAUGCUGGCAAGACAAGAAUCACACCUGGACUUUAGUCAACAGGACAUAUGAAGAAAACUUUGAGAAAUGUAACCAUUUGUUUGUGAACUCCACCAUGUCCGAUCUAGUGGUGGGCCUGAUCCUGCUGGCUGGCUCCCUAGUGGUUCUCUGCACUUGCCUGGUACUAAUUGUCAAGCUGCUGAAUGCAAUGCUGAGAGGGCAGGUUGCAAAAGCCAUCAAAAGAGUCAUUAAUACCGACUUCCCAUAUCCAUUUGGUUGGUUGGCAGGAUACCUUGCCAUGGUUGUGGGAGCUGGCAUUACAUUUGUUGUCCAAAGCAGCUCAGUGUUUACUUCGGCCAUCACGCCCCUCAUUGGUAUUGGGGUGAUCAGUAUUGAACGUGCCUACCCUUUGACCUUGGGAUCCAAUAUUGGCACCACCACCACUGCAGUCUUGGCAGCUUUGGCCAGUCCAGGUGACAUGCUACCAAGUGCGUUCCAGAUUGCUCUUUCCCAUUUCUUUUUCAAUAUCGCUGGGAUUAUACUGUGGUACCCGUUUCCCAUCACCCGUUUCCCCAUCCGCAUGGCAAAGACCUUGGGAGAAAGAACUGCCAAGUAUCGCUGGUUUGCUGUUUUAUAUCUGAUCAUCUGCUUCCUUCUGCUGCCCUCGCUCAUCUUUGGACUCUCCAUGGCUGGUUGGCAGGUUCUUAUAGGAGUGGGUGCCCCCUUUGUGGGUAUCCUUGUCUUCAUAGGCAUCACCAACGUCUUGCAAACGCGCAGGCCCAGCUAUCUGCCCAAGAAACUGCAGUCAUGGGACUUCCUCCCAGUCUGGAUGCACUCCUUGAAGCCAAUGGACCGUGUGAUAACUAACGCUGCCCUCUGCUGCACGGACCAUUGCAUUUGUUCGGACAAGUCGGAGACCCGGGAAGGUGCCAGUUGCAGUGAGAAAUCUCCACAGAUGAAGAUGAAAACUGCUUGUGACAACCCAGCCAUCACCUACUUGGAGGAAAUUUCAGUCGGGGCCUCGUCUCCCAUAUUAAACAGGUUGCCUGUGCUGGAUGUCACGCCCCUGUAG